CCGAGCGGGGGUCGCGCCGCUUCGGCGCCCCGGCGGCCGCUUCCGGAGAUUGCCGAGGGGCUUCGGCCCCUCCCCGACCGUCGCCGAGCCCGUGACCGAGCCGCUCCGGUGGGUCGGAGCCCGCCGCGCCCGGAGCUCUGGUAGCGGGGCCGGCGCUCGCCCGCCUCCUCCUCCUCCUCCUCCUCCUCCUCCUCCACCUCCUCUGCCGCCGCCGGCGGGGCCGGGCGUCGUGGUGACAGAGCGAGGCGAUCGCGGCGGGGCGGCGGGGGGGCGGCCGGGGCUCCGGCGGCGCGGAUGGCGGAGGGCGGCCAGCCCCCGCAGCAGCAGCAGCAGCAGCAGCCGCAGCUCCUGGCCGGCGGCGGCGGCGGGGCUGCCCGCGGCGUGAAGCGCGAGCCGGAGCUGGAGCAGCCCAUGCCCGGCGGGGACGGCGCCGAGGGCGGCCACAGCAAGCGGCUGCGGACGGAGGCGGAGGCCGACGGCGGCGGCAUGCAGAACGAGCCUCUGACUUCAGGUUAUCAUGGAUACCCAGCAAGAGACAAUCAAGGUAACCAGGAGCCAGCAGCCACUCCUGAUGCAAUGGUGCAGCCAUUCACCACAAUCCCGUUUCCGCCACCCCCACAGAAUGGGAUUCCCACAGAGUAUGGGGUGCCACACACUCAGGACUAUGCAGGCCAGACCAGCGAGCACAAUCUGACGCUCUACGGAAGUACGCAGCCGCAUGGAGAGCAGAGCACGAACACGGCCAGCACGCAGAACGGAUCUCUUGCACAGACAGAAGGAGGGGCACAGACAGAUGGACAGCAGUCACAGACACAGAGCAGUGAGAAUACCGAGAGCAAAUCCACUCCAAAACGACUUCAUGUGUCUAACAUUCCCUUCCGCUUUCGAGAUCCUGACCUUCGACAGAUGUUUGGGCAAUUUGGCAAAAUCCUUGAUGUAGAGAUCAUCUUUAAUGAGCGUGGCUCCAAGGGAUUCGGGUUCGUAACUUUCGAGAAUAGUGCUGAUGCAGACAGGGCCAGGGAGAAAUUACACGGCACCGUGGUAGAGGGCCGUAAAAUCGAGGUUAACAAUGCCACAGCACGAGUGAUGACCAAUAAGAAGAUGGUCACACCAUAUGCAAAUGGUUGGAAGUUGAGUCCUGUGGUUGGAGCGGUGUACGGCCCUGAGUUAUAUGCAGCGUCCAGCUUUCAAGCAGAUGUCUCGCUGGGCAAUGACGCCGCAGUGCCCCUGUCAGGAAGGGGGGGUAUUAACACUUACAUUCCUUUAAUCAUUCCAGGCUUCCCCUAUCCAACUGCAGCCACCACAGCAGCCGCGUUUCGGGGAGCCCAUCUGCGGGGCCGAGGAAGGACAGUUUAUGGGGCAGUCCGGGCGGUACCUCCUACAGCCAUCCCUGCCUACCCAGGAAUAGUCUUACAGGAACCAAUCAUUAGCGCUAAAAUACCUCAGGGUGGAUACGCAGCCUACAGAUAUGCACAGCCUGCUACUGCAACAGCAGCCACGGCCGCUGCAGCCGCUGCAGCAGCUUACAGCGAUGGUUAUGGCAGGGUGUACACAGCAGAUCCUUACCAUGCCCUUGCCCCUGCCGCUAGCUACGGAGUUGGCGCUGUGGCGAGUUUAUACCGAGGUGGCUACAGCCGAUUUGCCCCCUACUGAAGUGACGUGAGCCCCCUGCAAGCGGGACAGCCCCCCCAGUUCAUGAGGCCUGGCUAUUGCAAUAUUUACUAGUAGAGGAACUCUAUAGCAAGACGAGGAGGAAAAACAAAAAACAAAAGAGAAAAUACUUUUUUAUACCUCACUAUGUUCUUUGAAUAUGUAUUUUUUCCUUUAAAUUUCUGCCUUUAAUUCUUUUGUUCCAAAGAUUGUGCAUUUUUUGUUUUGUUUUGUUUUUUUGUUUUGUUUUGGGUUUUCUUUUUUUAACUGUGGUAAAAAUAAUGCAUUUCCGUGUCUGUAUGUUGGUGCAUAGCUUAUCCUACCGAUCACGGAAAAGGCAAUUAGUGAUAAGGAAUGCUGUUAGAAACCAAUAUCAUGCAAUUAAUCAGGAACACACAGACAGAGUUACUUCCCUGGGUCUGGUGCUUGGUGCCUGUGAGACAGGAGGACAUGAGGGGAGAAGUCUUCACCUGCUGUGUUUCCGGUCUGCAGAAGGAAGCACUCUUGGGCUGUGGCUGGGACCUAAGCACUGGUGGGAAAUAGUUCAAAAUAGUCAUUUGCAUUUGGAAAAGGGGAGAGAGACUUUCCUUGUUUUUUAUCACCAUCUGACAUGCACAGGUUUGGGACAGUGUCAGGAUUUUAGGCUUGGCAAGAGAAGAUUCCCUCAACCUGCCCAAAGACUUUGGCUGUUAUCUGCUUUAUAGAGGACAAGACUUUGAAAUGAAUUUUGAUAAUCUUCCCCCCACACACACACAACGUAUUCUAGCUGAUUAUUGUUCAUUGCUGGUGGUUGUAAUUAUCUUAGUUUUAUUUCCUCCUUUUCAAGAUCUUUCUCCCUUGCUGUCCCUUUCCUUCCCUUCUUUCCUUGAGGAGUGACAGAUGUAACGAGAUGUAAUGCAUCAUCACACAGAGUACUUCCGUUGCAGACAGCAAGUGGCUAAAAUUGCAGAGGUGAAGUGCAUGCAGCCUUGAUGAGGAAGAAAGCUAGCUGAGGAGCCACGCAUCUGUGCCAUGCUCAGGCACUCUGAGGUCCAGCAUGCAGGGUCUCUCCUCCUGUUCAUCCUGAGCUGCUUAGGCACUGCUGCAAAUAAUCUUUUUCAGACAAUAUGAGUGAGAGAAAAGUCAUAUAUAAGCUGCUGAAGGGCAAACACAUUGGUUUGUGUGGGGGAAGAGGAUCUUUUGUAUCCAAACAUGAUCCUGAAGUAGUUUUGUUUAGCUCAGGAGUUUGGGAGGAGGCAGAAGCAGUUUGUACAAGCUAUGAAUUCAUAGGAAUUUCCCACCACAAGCUAUGUAAGACCCUUACAUAGUCCUCUUGGAGCCCCUGGGUCCAUUUUGCCUAGCCUUUCAGUAUCCAGAAAAGAUAUGCACCUGGACUGCUGGGUCCAUAUUUGACACUACAUAUUACAAAAUUUUGAAGCAGGGAGACUAUUUAAGAGGGCUCCACACCUCCCAAGACCAUCGCCCCUCUGCUCUCAUGGACAGUGAUUUGGCUAUUUUGCAAAGCCAGCCUUUUUAGAUUACUGUGUGAGUAGUACUGUGGUAGGGAGUUGCAGCUCUCCAGACCUCCCCAUUCAGCUGUUGGCUGUUACAGUGCUUCUAGCAACCCUGGUGAUCAGAGGCAGGUGUUCUUAAGCUAUCUGUUAACCCUAUCUUAAAGAAACAGAGAAGCACAACUUUAUUAAGCUGUCUUGACUCUCUUGAUUGGUACUGGGGUGAGCUUUUCACCCACAGAAGGGCUGCUUGGGGUUGGUGGAGCCUUUCCAACUCCUGCUGUAUGCCUACCUUGCCAUCAAAGGCUGAUACAAGAAUAGGAAACUUCCUGCAUUUAACACUAAUCAAUGUCAACAGGAAGAGCUCUUGGGGAGGUGCCCUGGCCCAGCCGUGCACAACCACGUGUUUUUUGCUCUUCCCUAAUGCUACAGCUAGUGUCUCUGUGCCCAGCUGGGAGGAGGCACCUCAAAUGGGAAGGAUGGGGAAGACAUUAGUUAAGCUAGAGACCCUGAAGCUAUUGAUUCUCUGGAGGAAUAGCUAGAACAAGGGGACACCAAACUGCCAGCCUGUUGGCCACCAUUUUUUUUCUGUUUUUAUUGUUGGUUUUAAUUUUUUUUCCAAGCCAAAGUUUGGUUUGUUGCUUUUAUGACAAUUUUUUUUGUUGUUUGUAUAUAAAUAUUUUAGUUAGAUUGAAAACUGGGAGGGGGAGCAGGGUGUUGGGGCUUUCACAAAAUCUAGGAAAUGAGGGGGAUUGGGGCAUUUGGGGGCUUUUACUUUUGAAGUUGGGGGAGGGGAGGGAGGAUUUGUGGUAGAAAUAGUCAUAUUCAAGGAGAGCCAUUUCCACCGCAGGGCAGCCAGGAGACUUCUGGAGCUGAGAUGCAGCAAAAGCCUCUACUGGACUUGUGCUUACCCACACCUAGGGUGGAGGGGCUGAAAGUGAGGCCAUCUCUUCUCUUGUUCUCAGGGAGGAGUUAUUCAUGCAGAGGUCUGCAGGCUGAGAGAGUGAGGGACAGUUUGCAGAGCCUGGCAGUGGCAGCCAGUUGCCCCUCUGCCCCUUUCCUACAUUUCAGUUCAGCUGGUUCUGACUGCAGCUCCCCAAAAGCUGGGCUCUCUCCAUCUGAGUGUCCUCCCGUACCCUGGCAGUGCAGCCUGCAGUUGCCCCCAACCUUUGCAUCUGGGAGUAGGGAGGCCAGCCCCGUUUCUGCUUCUGAGCAGUGUCUAUACAUGGCAGUUUCAGCCCACCUGAGUAUGGGGAGUCUGAGAAGCACUCAGUCUUUAUGGAACCUUAGUCCCCUGCUGUAUGAUCUCUGAGUAAUACCUGCUCCAGACCAUCCAGCGUGAUUCCUCCUGUAUUAGAGCCUGGCCUGCUCUGAUCGCUAUUGCUCCCUGCCAGGCUUCUCCAGUGCACUAACUGCUCCCUGCCAGGCUUCUCCAGUGCACUAACCAGCUGGUGUCUCAACUGUAGUUAAUGCUGCAAGACCCCUGCUGAGUGAGCUCUCUGAUAUCCCUUCUUCCUGUUCUCAGCAGUGAUUCGCUUAAGGGAAGCUGGGCUGUUUGCACCACUGGGUGCCGGAGGUAGUGCGCUAAUUCCAGGUUUCCGGAAUGCAAGACUUCUCCAAAACUUUUACACCAGCUGGAAUUUUGCAGCAAAGUUUCUCAAGUGAAUUUUGUGCCAUGGCGGGGGAGCUCUGCAGCUUUUCUUCCCGUUUGGCAAACAAGAGCUCUGAUUCCACUCAGAUAUUUAAUGAACUGGCUCAAGAUUCAUUCAGAGUAGCCAAGCCUUGGGUAUAUCUAUCUUUUGAAGAAGUGAAGACAAAGCCAAAUCUCCCUAUGCAAAAUAAAUUACACUUAAUGAAUUGAACUAGGCCCUGGUUUAUUUGACUGACAGCGACGGGUGCUUGUCCCUGAGAUGGGUCAGUGGUCAAGAGUCCCUCACAAACCAGGGCUUGGCUUUCAAAGGGAAACUGCAGGCAGUUUGGCAAAUAGCUUGCUGUUUGUGACCUUCUAGUCUGAUAGUAUCCAGGAAUUCCUCUUUAUGUAGAGGAAAAGAUAUUUCUUUAAGUGUUGCUGUUUGCACUUGUCUUAUAAUAGGCCUGGCCAGCACACAGUAUUUUACUGAUAUAAUUUUGGAUUGAAUACCUAAGGUUUUUUUUUUUUUUAAAUAUGCUGGUCCAUCUUUCCUUGUGGGUACAGUUGUGCUAGUAUAAAGAUGACUUCUACUGGUAUGACAUAUCCUCCGCUAGGAAUAAGUUCUGUUGGUACCCAGCACAUUUAUAUACUGCUGUAACUGUCCCUGCGUUAGGGAGGCUGCACUGUUGUAGCUGGGAUAGCUUUUCUAAGAAAAGCUUUGACUGGACCUGGAGACAACAGAGAGCUUAGUAUCAGCCUCCUAUAGCCAGCUGUUCCCAGGUUAAGCAGUUAUGUGGAUCCUGUGUAAUGAAGAGUUCAGGUAGACAAAGCCAUGUUUUAAAAUAGUUAUGGCUUGGCUGUGUUAAUGUCUGAGAGACAGCAGAAUUGCCCAGUGAGAGGGAGCGCUAGCUCAGGAGCUGGAUACCUAUGUUUUGUUCUGGAUUCUGUCAGUGAUCCUCAAGUAUGAUCUUGAAGCAAUCAUUUCACUUCUCUAGACCUCACUUCCCUGUCCAGAAAGUAAAGAUAAUUUAUCCCCUUUUGUCACCCGCUUUGAGGUCUUUGAAUGUGAAGUGCACCACAAGAGUUAAGGAUGGUUGUAUGAAUAGUGUCUCAAGUGCUAGUUGUGAAAUGGUUAACAACACUGUUUCAUAGCCCAUCUUUUUCAUUCUGAAAAGAGAUGCUGGCUGCCACGGUUUGAAUUCCAGCUUCAAAAGCAGGGAAUACAAAGCAGAGCCUCACGGUUCCUAUCCACAUUUUUCCCCAUCCCCUCUCUAUCUAUAUGUUCCCAUCCCAGCCCCUAAGGAGGAGACAAGUAGAGAACAGGUUUGGGGAGCACUUAGAAAUUCAAUAAAGGGGGAAAAAAAAACCCAAAAAACCAGCUCUGGGGAGUGCUUUUGCUGAGUCUAGCUCCAAAGGGAAACCAUGCAGGCAGCUGGGCAAAUAGCCUGCUGUUUAAGACCCUCUAGUCUAGCAGGGCCAGGGGAAAUGCUGUCCUUGAUGCAGAGGGGUGAUUUUUAAAGUGUAUUACCUGUUUGCACUGUUUUAAAAUAGGAGGGGAAAAAACCCAACCUAGUGAACAAGUGAACAUCCAAUGUAAACUUCUUUGUGUUUUUAUUUUGUCAUGCUCUUGGAAAAUGUCAAACAUUUUGUAGUAUACACCAGUGAGACUUGAUUCUUUGUUGCAUAAAACACUAUUUUUGGUGAUGUUAAUGUCUGAAAAGCCCCUUCCCUCCACCCCCACCUUACUGAUUGCCCUUCCCUCCCUGCAACCCCCAUAAACUUCUCUUCUGCAAUGAAAACUCCAGUCAACAAGGCAAGCAGGAAUCUGAUAGCCAGAGUGUGAAAUGGAGUACCUUUCAAGUAGGCUCUGAGGUUCCUCCCUGGUACACUUUCCUCUAGCCGGGAGUUCACAGUAUCGCCCCCAUCCCUUUGCAGUGCAUGCAUAGAUCACAGACUAAACUGGACUUCAGAUGUCUAAUUCCUGUCUCAGUUGCCACUGCUAACCCUGGAAGGCAACUUUCUUCUAGCGUUUGAAAUCACUUGCAGUAAUCAUCCUCUCUUAGUAACAGGCUGCAGCUGAUUCAAACUUAUGCAGGAUAUGACAGCUAAAGCCUGCUUCCCACACUACCACUUGACUGGUGGCAGAAUAAGAACACAUCGGCCAGAAAUCUUGCCCGAUUUUGCCAGGAGAUUGCUGGUGUAUAAAGCCGUCCACCCAAGUAUUUGUUUGUCUAGCAGUCAGCAAAAUGACAGUUAAUCUUAGGAUUGAUUUCCCCCUCACACCCCUAAAGUGGUUGAUAAAUCUCUUGCCAGAUUCCCAAUUCUCCGUUGGUGGAGGGAUUUGUUGCUUCCCUGAGGAGUGAAUUCCUUACAGAAAUCAGGCCUCCCACAUAAGUAGUCUCAGUUUUGGUCAUGUUUUUCUUUUUUUCUUUUUGUUCACAGUAUUUUGUGUGUGCAAGUGUGUUGUAGUUUUGGCAGCUUGGUUUGGCUGCAUUACCAAGUGACGAAAUAAUCCUCUUUUACCCCAGGGGAUAUGAUCUGGUUUUGGGUUUUUUCAUUUUUCUUUUCUCCUCUUUUUUUUUUAAUAUGAUAAAUCCUGCUUGUAAAUAGCUGGAGCUAAAACCUGGGGCUGAUAGCAAAUGAGAACCAGGGCUGUAGAGCGAUACGGAGCUGGUGGAGUAUUUACUGACCUCACAGGCUGAUCUACUUGAGACUUGGAGAUUUUCAGUGCAAGGCUAAAAUGCCACGGAACCUCCACAGGCAGCGAUGGACUUACCCCUUCACGCAGUCUCCCCAGCACCUUCCGUUGCCAGGUACCGUCAGGGAACAGGAUGCUUCCCGUUUGGGAUGCGUUCCCUUCCCCUGGAUCGUUUCCUAGGAUGCCCAAGCUGCUCGCCCAGGGUCCCAUUUCCUUGCUGACUCUGGAGAAGCAGUAUCUGCAUCCCAGGGCUUUGUGACAGCCUCUUAACUUCCCGCCCUCCCUUGUUAAGUAUCAUAUUGUAUAGUAGCUUUCAGACCAUACAGUAUUCAUUGGGUUAUUCCUAUUAUUAUCAAGUAGCUGGAAUUGUGAAGGUCGGAGUAGUUAGAUCUUUAGCUUUUAUUCCUUUUUUUUGUAUUACUAUCCAUGUGUAUAAAUUAUUGAUCAUGUUGCUGGCUUUUAUAAACUCUAAGCAAGGGCGGAAACCCUUCCUAACCCUUUGCAAAUGGUAAUGAAGCACUGUUUUUAAAUAAAAGAGAGAAACACCA